AUUAUCAAUAAUUUAACACUAUUAUUUGUUAUAAUAACACACAUAUAAUAUAGUCUACUAUCACGUGAAUUAAUCUAUAUGUAAAUUAUAUAGUUAUAUAAGAGCUCUAACAUUCAUAAGUAAAGUAAGCCAUUCAGAUUUCAGAUUUAAAGAAAGAAAAAGCUUGAGCAUAUAGCCAUGGCUACUCACUCUGAAAACAAAGCUUCAUCAUUAUCAUCAGUUGUGGUUGUAAUGGUUCCAUUCCCAGCUCAAAGUCACCUAAACCAGCUUCUUCAACUCUCUUAUGUCGUUUCAUCAUCAUACGACAUUCCAGUCCACUACGUCAGCUCACCUCUCCACAUUUCCCAAGUCAAAUCUCGAUCCUCAAACUCUCAAGACCCAACCAACAAAAUCCAUUUCCAUGGCUUCCAAAUCCCAUUUCUUACUUGUUCUUCUUCUUUUCCAAAUUCCAAAUCCAAAUUCCCUUUACACCUACUCCCCUGUUUCGAAGCCUCAACUCACCUUCGUGAACCAGUAGCCGAACUACUCCGAUCGCUAUCUCCAACCACAAAACGACUUGUCGUUAUUCACGAUGCUGUAACGACUUAUGUCGUUCAAGAUGUCGUUUCGAUACAAAACGCAGAAGCUUACUCUUUCAAUUCCGCCUCUGCUUUUUCUGCUUUCGCUUUUAUUUGUGAAAUCUUGGGAAGAAACGACAUCGUUCCGAAUAAAGAACUUCCAUCUUCAAUUUCAUGCUUUCCUUCUGAGGUUAUAGAUUUCUUGGGUUCACAGAUUCAUUUGGCAAUGACUUUGAAAUUUUCAUCUGGGCUACUUUUCAAUAGCUCCAAAUCAAUUGAGGGUUCUUUCGUUGAGCUUUUAUCUAAGGAAAUUAAUGGAGGAAAGGAGAAGAUUUGGACAAUUGGGCCUUUGCACCAAACAACAAUAUCUGAUAAUCGAGCUGAGAAGAGUUUAGUAUUGGAAUGGCUAGAUCAACAAGAACCUAAUUCUGUGUUGUAUGUCUCUUUUGGAACGACUGUGAGUUUUUCUGAAGAUGAGAUUGAAGAGCUUGCUUUUGGUUUGGAACAGAGUGGUGUGAAGUUCAUCUGGGUAUUGAGAGAUGCCGAUGAAAUUGAUAUUUCCAGCUCUAGCUAUGAAGAAGGGACAAAAAGACCUAAACUUCCAGAUGGGUUUGAGAAAAGAGUUGAGGGAAUGGGAAUGGUGGUGAGGGAAUGGGUGCCCCAAGUGGAGAUUUUGGGGCACUCAUCCACAGGUGGGUUUAUGUCUCAUUGUGGGUGGAAUUCUUGUAUGGAGAGCUUGAGUAUGGGAGUGCCUAUGGUGGCUUGGCCAAUGCAUUCGGAUCAACCCAUGAAUGGUUUGUUGAUUACUGAGUUGCUUAAGGUGGGAGUGGCUGUAAUGGAAUGGAGUCAAAGAGAGGAGUUGGUUACUUCAUCGAUGAUCAGCAGAGGUGUUAGGGCUUUAAUGGGUUCGGAAGAAGGAGAUGAGAUUAGGAAGAGAGCUGUGGAAAUUGGUGUUGCAGUGAAACGGUCUGUCGUUGAAGGAGGAGAGUGUCGUUUGGAGUGGGAUUCUUUUAUUGCCCAUAUCACGAGAUAGGUCAGCUGAUUCACUCUUCAAUUAAGAAACUCCACCAUCAGAAUUCGGCAAUUAAGCGUUUGUAAGCGAGAAUAAGAAACUCAACAAAUAAUAAUAUGGGUGGUGAUUAGUAACACUUUUUCAAUAAGUUUUCUGUUUUUAAAAUUAAAAAAGUAAAAAUAUUUUUCAAAAAUAUAUUCUAUAAGAUUAUUUUUACUUUUCAAUUUUUAAAUUGAGAAUCAAAA